GAGGCGUGUAGGGACGUCGAGAAGUGCUGCGCCUCGACGGCGUGCGUACUCCGUGUCUUAUGAAUGACAGCCGCCGCUUCAGGUUGUGUGACAUUGUGGCAGCGCAGGACACCGUCGGCACCAAAGUGACUUACGUUACACGUCUGACCUGAGGGACGGCGACGGCAGGUGAAAAGGGAGGGGGGAGGGCCGCUGGCUGAGAUGCGCCCCGGCUUCUGGUUCCACGCGGAGAAGGAGCGCGACGCGCGGGUUCUGUUUUCCCGACAGGUUCCGUCCACUCUCCGUGAGUGCUUGUUGGCUCCGGGGUCUCACCCUGGGACCGGAAUUUAGCCCGAUCAGCUGAGGAGAGGACGCACGCUUGUCACGUUCAAUACGGACAUACAACACGCGCAUACAGCACAGGUUCUGGAAUGCGUUUCACUUAACGUGCCUUCAGAAAGUAGGCCUGCUCCAACCGUGUGCGCUCCAUCUGGCACGCUGCUUUCUUCUUUUUAAAGAAAAAAAAAAAAAGGAAAAAGAAAAAGUGCCAAACUGAAAGUUCACGGGGGACUUUUCCUGCGCAUGAUGUACACAAUUACAAGAGGUCCCAGCAAACUGGUCACCCAGCGACGCACAGGGCCUACACAGCAGCUGGACAACAAAAUAAACGACUUCAAGCACAAGCAAACGUCCUGGAGUCUGCCUGAUCUUCCUGCACCCAAGAUAGUUUUCAACCGCCUGAAUGGUAAAAAGUACCAUCACCCUGCUCCGGCUCUCCCCGCGGACAACCAUCAGGAGGAGACUUUCACCGCUGCACACGAGGAAAACGUCAAGUUUGUCUAUGAGGCCUGGCGGGAGGUGUUGCAGAAGGAGCAGGGGUCCAGCCGGGGGCCGGAGGAAGCCCAGGCAGCAGUCCACUAUAAAGAAACCACUCCCAGCCCACACAUGGACAGUGAGUACAGCUUCUCCUCCUCACAGGUCUCCUCACACUGCACCAUUCUCCCCCCAAGCUGCCCCUGUCUUCACGUGACUUUGUGCCCAUUGACCUGGAUGAAUGGUGGGCCCAGCGCUUCCUGGCCAACAUAGACAAGUUGUCCUGACACUCUUCUGGGAUUUGUGGAUCCUGACAGACGGUCAGGAGGCGAGACCGUGAGCAGAGCGGCUCACAGAGGAGAGGAUACCUGGGAGCGGCAGGUGUGAUGGGUCCAAGUGUCCUGAUGUGAUUCAAAUGGAUGGACAGCGCUGGGACGUUGACAUAGAAACACA